AGUUGCGUGGAGCGGUAGAGGAGGUGCUCCCCACCCUGAGGGAGAGGAGUAUAAGUGUGUUUGUGCUGGGUGAGGAGGAGGAGAAGUGUGUGACGGAGGGCGUGAAUACUCUGAGCAGCAGCAGGAUACAACAGGCCUCAGAUCAACCUCUGGACCCACAGCUCAGGUCAAAGGUCACCUUAAAGAGCCCUGCCCUCUACAUCUAUACGUCAGGAACUACAGGUCUGCCGAAGGCUGCGGUGAUCACACAUGAGAGGCUGUACAUGGCCUCCUCUAUGCAGGCCAUCUCAGGUGUGGCCUCUGAUGAUGUCAUCUACAUCUACCUGCCUCUCUACCACACCGCCGGCUUCAUGAUGGGUUUGACUGGAGCCAUAGAGAGAGGCAACACCGUUGUCCUGAGGCGUAAAUUCUCUGCCUCUAACUUCUGGGAUGACUGCAGGAAUCACAAGGUGACAGUGAUCCAGUACAUAGGAGAGAUCAUGAGGUACCUCUGUAACUCACCCAAGAAAGAUAAUGACAGGCAUCACAAGGUACGUCUGGCCCUGGGUAAUGGGCUUAGAGCAGACACCUGGUCAGAGUUCCUGCAGCGUUUUGGUGACGUCUGUGUCUGUGAAUGUUACGGAGCCACCGAGGGAAACGUCGGCUUCAUCAACUACACCGGGAAAGUGGGAGCGAUCGGCAAAGAGCAUUUCCUUCAUAAA